AUGUUCACGGAAACACACCUGCACAUGCUCAUCGCAACCCUAACGCUCACUCUCCCCCUCAUAACAGCCAUCUACAUCCAUGCCGACUACUGCGCCUUCCUCUCCCUUGGCCCCGGCGGCACGCCAGCAACACCCCUAGGCUACCUGAAGAUCAAACUCUUGUCGCUAAUCUGCCUACGCAACCCCCUCCGCCCAAUUGCGAUACCACCGCACUUCCGGCCGCAAAAAGGGUAUUUCGUAGAUGCCGAUGCGUUGCCAGGAAGGAAAGGGCCAAAGCCGUUGAUUCGAGGUAUUGCGCCACAGCGGCAGCAGACGCAGAAGAGUGGAGAGGCUGUCUACAGUUGUCUGGUAAGCAAGAUCAAGGGCCUUGCGGCGGACCCCCGCAACCAGCUACUGGAACGAACGAGUUGUUUUGAGAAGCAUAGCUCGGGGUUGUUUACUAGUGUGCCAAUUACGAGGACGUGUGGAGGGGAAAUUUGUCAUGCACACCCGAGUGAUGGGUCUAUGCAUAUGACUUUGCAUCCUGCCGAUGCCAAUCUUAUGAUUGAGAAAGGGUGGGGGGAGAGACAUCCGUUGGCGAGGGGGGGUUGGUGUAGAAAGUUUGUUCCGAGAGAGUUUAUGCUGAUUUAUGCACCGAGGGAUGAGGAGGAGGUGGAGGUUGUUGCUAGGAUUAUCGCGGCGGGGAUUUGGUGGGUUAGUGGUGUCGAUGUCAACGGGGAUGAGGUGGGGCCUAGGAGGAGGAGUGCGGAUGUUGCAGCGAUUGGGAAGGAAAUGGAGGGGAAUGAGUGUUGGACUUGUAGGGUUAACAACUGUGGGGGUAGUCAGGUGGAGAAGCUGACGAGCGACGCGUAA